AUGAGCGGUUUUGAACUCGACACUACAAGCUACACGCUCCUAACAUCUAUUUUGACGGCUGCAGCUCUCCUGUCAAUCCAUAAUACAAAGGGCCCUGACAUUCAUCCUCUUUUACUUAAUACUCAAUCAGAUGUAUCGCGUUUACGGCAUCCAGGCGAAAGUGCAAUCUAUCGCUCCCGUAUGUAUCCCAACGGCUCGCCACUGUUGUCUACAUUUGACCGCUCUAUGCGUACCCUUUGCGAUCUUUAUGAAGCUGGUGGUCUGUCAAAGCAGAGAACGUCUCCUUUUGUUGGAAAAUACACCGACUCUGGUGCAUGGGAGUGGACCACUUAUGAGGUUAUUAGUAACAAAUCCAAACACGUUCAGGCUGGUCUUCGUACUUGGGCAGGACUUGUACCUGUCUCUGGAAACGAGUCUUCGUUUGUAGGCAUCUACGCUUCCAAUUCACCUGAGACUGUUGCAAUUGGGCUGGCUUGCCACUGCAAUGGCCUUGUGACUGUUCCUAUUUCUGCUCAGGCCACCUCAUCGCAUGUAUCGCAUGUGAUUAAAGAUACGUUACUCAAAGUACUUGCCGUCGACCCUGUGAAUCUUGAGAGAGCUUUAUCUCUUGUGCCAGGCACAAAUGUCAAAUACAUAGUUGUUUUGGGAUCAAUUGAUGCUGCUAACAAGGACGCUGCAAAAAAGGCUGGUAUUGAAUUGCUCACCUUUAAGGAACUUGAGGUGCUAGGACAGUCUAGCACAGUGGAAGCUGUACGCCCAGGACCAAACGAUGUUGCUUCAAUUAUGUUCGAUAGUACUUCCAAUCAAUUAUCUAAAUCGGGUGCUGUUCUUACACAAAAGAACCUAUUGGCCAAUGUUGCAAGUUACUUAAUGGUAUUACCUCCUCAACAAAAAAUUACUUCCAACGACAGAUUACUUCAUAACCUCCCUAUUGACAAUGUUCUUGGUCACACGAUUUCAAGCGUGUUCUAUUAUGUCGGUGGAUCUAUUGCCUUUGAGGCUGAUGAGCCCAAGAAGGAUGUAAAAGCAACACUUUCCAAAAUUUCGGAGGCAAAGCCAACAAUUCUCGUUAGUGGCCCCCAUUUCCUGCACCAAGUUAAAGAAGUGAUCGAGUCAAAUUAUGGAAACUCUUUCCUCUUCAGACGUGGUUUCAAUAAGAAAUUGGAGUGCUUCAAAGAAGGACGUCUGGUAAACGACAGUAAAUACGAUAUGCUGGUCUUCAGAGAUAUACGACAGACUCUCUUUGGUGGAAACUUGCGUGUUGUGUUUAUAGAUAAUGAUGACAAUACUGAACCAAUUGCUCCUUUCUUGCGUGCUGUAUUGGGUGUCCAAGUAUUAAAGACAUUCAACCGAGCUGAGACUGGUGGAACAAUGACAGCAUCCAUGUUCUAUGAUUAUAACGCUGACACUGCUGCCUGUGGUGCACCCUUGCCCUGUAACGAACUCAAGCUGACAGAUUUGACUGAGAAUGGUUAUACAGCUGAGGACAAGCCCAACCCUCGUGGUGAGAUUUGGGUCAGAGGAAACAACGUGUUCAGUGGUUACUGGAACGACCCGACCUCUACUUCCGAUGUUAUGGAUGCUGAUGGUUGGUUUAUGACUGGAAUGAUUGGUGAGGUCUUUCCAAAUGGAACUGUCAAACUUUUAGGUCGCAAAUAA